CGCGGCGAUCAUGGUGCCGCUGGGGCGGGGAAGGAGCCGCCGCCGGCACCCGAUGAGCCGUUGCGGGCGGAGCUCGCGGUGAGAGGCGCGGAGCCAUGGGCGAGAACAGCCCCGAGGGCAACGCCGCCUACUAUGAAGGGGAGGAAGACGAUUUAGCCCAGGAUGAAAAUAUGAUGAGGUUCGCCGACAAAAACGGGCUGGUGUCCUCCUCGUCCGGGACGGUGUAUGACAGGACAACCGUGCUCAUCGAGCAGGACCACAGCGUGCUGGAGGAUGAGGAGGAUGAAGGACAGUGCGGUGACCACUUGCCUUUUUUACCCGAGGGUCACGAAGAAGGAUUUCAUUUAAUAGCAGAUCAUGAAGGGAUGUCACAGGGUUACGUGCAACACAUUAUUUCUCCAGAUCAGAUUCACCUGACAAUAAAUCCUGGUUCAACUCCCAUGCCGAGGAACAUCGAAGGAGCAACUCUCACUUUGCAGUCUGAGUGCCCAGAAACCAAGAGGAAGGAAGUGAAGCGCUACCAGUGCACCUUUGAGGGCUGUCCCCGCACCUACAGCACCGCUGGCAACCUGCGCACACACCAGAAGACGCACCGGGGGGAGUACACCUUUGUGUGCAACCAGGAGGGCUGUGGCAAGGCCUUCCUCACCUCCUACAGCCUCAAAAUCCACGUCAGGGUGCACACCAAGGAGAAACCCUUCGAGUGUGACGUGCAGGGCUGUGAGAAGGCCUUCAACACCCUGUACAGGUUGAAAGCACAUCAAAGGCUUCACACAGGGAAAACAUUUAACUGUGAAUCAGAAGGCUGCAGCAAAUACUUCACAACGCACAGUGACCUGAGGAAGCACAUCAGAACACACACAGGAGAAAAGCCAUUUCGGUGUGAGCAUGAUGGCUGUGGGAAGGCUUUUGCUGCAAGCCACCACCUCAAAACACAUGUUAGAACACAUACUGGGGAGAAACCCUUCUUCUGUCCCAGCAAUGGUUGUGAGAAGACUUUCAGCACCCAGUACAGUCUCAAGAGUCACAUGAAAGGUCAUGAGAAGGGACAAACCUAUAAUGCACUUCCCAAUAACAAUGUGUCUGAGGAUACAAGUCACUCACUGUGUCUGAGUGAUUUAAGCCUCAUAUCAACAGAUUCAGAAUUGCGGGAGAACUCUAAUCCAACACAUGGACAGGACCUCAGCACAAUCUCACCAGCAAGCAUCUUUGAGUCUAUGUUUCAGAGCCCAGACCACACUGCAAAUCAGGAUGACUCUCAGCAGACAGCAGCUCCGUUGAUUGAAGGGUUUAACGGCGACGCCGACUCGGUGGCUGCGGUCCCGCCCCCAGCAGCAGACGCGGCCUCCUUGUCCCUCCCCCUGGUGCUGCAGCUCGGCCUCCCCGAGCCGGCUCAGGCAAACCCCGCUGCUCCCUCGUCCAUCGCCCCCAGCUCACAGCCAGCUGCGUUUGGGAAUCCUGCUACUGUUUUACAAUCCCCAGAAGUGCCUGUUCCUCACAGCACACCGUUUGCAGCCAGUCACCAAGACUUCCUGCAGCACAGCCAGCCUCCACCACAGCCCAUCGUUCAGGGACUCUCAGUGGUUGCUGGGGCUCCUGCCCCCACAGCCCCCAGUGGCACUGAGCCCCUGCCAGCUGUAGUUCAGACUGUGCCUGUUGGUGCAAACCCUGUUCUGACCAGUAACCCCACUAUAACCAUUACUCCUUCUCCAAGCACCGCCAUUCUGCAGCCCAGCAUUGUCAUGGGAGAGCAGAACUUACAAUGGAUCUUAAAUGGUGCCACUGGUUCCCCACAAAGCCAAGAACAAAUGCCACAAGUUCCAAAAGUAGUAGAAAAGGUGUUUUUUACCACUGCAUUACCAGUAGCUGGUAACACAGGAAACCCUGUUCAGCAGAUUGGUCUCAGCGUUCCUGUUAUCAUUAUCAAGCAGGAGGAGGCCUGCCAGUGCCAGUGUGCCUGCCGAGACUCUGCCAAGGACAAAGCCACCUCCACCGUGAAGAAGGAAUGUUCCUCACCUGAUUCAAAAGCUUUGGAGCAGCCAGCUUCCCAGCUGCAGCCUCAGACAUUUCCUUCCUCCUCUGCUCCUGCUUCUUGUGGGCAGAGCAGUCAGAUAGUUAACCCUUCAGACUCCCAGACUGAAACAUUAAGUGCCAUGGAUGUAUCGGACUUCCUGUCCCUCCAAAGCCCCGAAACCCCGUCUAAUAUAAUCCCAAUUGAAGCACUACUGCAGGGUGAGGAAGAAAUUGGUUUGAAUAGCAACUUCUCUAAGUGAAGAUGUUCCAGAUUUUCCUUUGCACCUGGAGGGUAAAACCCUUCUCCUUUAGAAGCAGAAACUGAAGGAUCCAUUCUUAUUCCUUCCUCUUUGGAAGUUUUGUGGCUUAUUUCUGCUUCACGGAUGUCAUCUUAGUCACGUCCCAGGUACAUCCACCUUUGAGAUUCUAUCUAAAAAAAAGAAAAGGUAAAAAAUGAAAAAAAAAAAAAAAAAAGAAAUAGCUAAGUUAUAUAUGAACUGUUUUGGCUGCACUGUCUGUCACUUUUGCUUGUCAUAUGUGAACACAGAAGUUAAGGUUACUCGUGUGCAAAAAGAUUUUUAAAAGGAAAUGGGGGGUUACUUUGUCUCCAAUUGCACAUCACUUAUGUUUGGGAUUAAGGUACUGGCAGCAAGUGGGUCUUUGUUACAACUUCUUGGGUCUCUAAUCUUCUCCUGUCUCUCAUGUCUCUACUAACCAUGCACUAAGGGGAGCCCAGGAAAGGAGGCUGUGGGGGAGGAAAUGCCACAGCUGGGGAGAGGAUUUAUCUGCAGUGUGAUUGGAAUGUGAUGGUCACAUACCUGGUGGGGAGCUGGUGCCUGGUUUUGCUGUGUCCUGCUGCUCUUACUGAAGCCUCCAGGAGCUUUGGGGGAGUUUAUUCAGAAUAGAUCUGUUCAUUUAAUUCCACUAGGACUCGAGUGUGUUGCAGACAUUGUGUCACAACAUGGAAGCACAGUUGGAGCCACUGCUGGCUCUGGCUCCAGAGUCUUUUCUUGGCCUCUCCAAAGGGUGCAGUGAGUGCCAGGUGUGGUCAGGUUGGUGCCUGCUGCUCUUUUGGUUUCUUAGGCUCUGUUCAGCACCAAGUCAUCAUCCUAACCCUGGGACUGUUGAAUCAGGAGCACGGUGCCUUUGCUGGUUACUCUCAUCUUUUGUGAAGAACAACCCUUAAGAAAAUUUUGAGAAAGAUUCAACAUAAAUUGAGUCGGAAUUCAGUGAGUCUGUCCUUCAGUUGUCCAUACAUGCUUCUUUUUUUUUCCAGUGAGCUAUAUAAUUUCUGCCUGACUCUGCCUCCAGCCUGCUGCAAUGCCAGCUUUUUGUGCACGGGGCUAUUUCUUGACUAAAAGAUGUUACUCAACAGAAUAGUUUUUCAUAUCAAACUGAGAGUCUAUAUUCUAACCUACUCAGGGUAAAUCAAAUCCAAACCCCCCCUUCCACCAAAAAGCCUGUAAUGUUGCAAUAAAUGCAGUCUCAUUCUAAAUGGUUUAUUUAUGCUGCAUUAUUUUAAAAUAUGUAAUUUUAUAGUUUUUAUCCAUCUUUCUGGCUUUGGCUGUCAGUUUUCUUGUGUUAAAGGAAAAGAAUAUUAAAUAGUCUUUAUUCAGUUUACAGUGUUGUCAUUAGUGAGAUACAAAGAUAAUGACUGUAAGCCAAUUAGCAGGGAUUGUCCCUGCACUCAAUUUAGGAAUACAAAUAGUGGAUAGAGAUCUUUCACUCUUUGUGUUUGAUCAGAGCUGCUCUCUGUACCUCUGGGGAGGGAGAACCCUGGUGUUUGAUCCUCCUGUGACAUGCUCAGUGUAGCCUGGCCAGCAUGAGAGUGGCAUCAGCCACUCCUGUGCUGCUCCCUGAGAAUGCACUGCCCAGGCAGGGGGAAAGGGCUGAAGGCAGCUGGCAUUUCCCUCCUGCACAGCUGCUGGUGAGGUGCAGAGGGGAAAGAGCUGUGUCCUGUGAGUGUCCAGUGUGCCAGGAGCAUUCCAUGCCUGGGGCAUGCCAGGGCACAGAGCUCAGGGCUGGCAGGGAUGAACUCAAGGGCAUCACCCAUGCUGGUGGUGUUUCCUCUGUGUGUGUGUGUGUGUGUGCAGCAACAAGGUUUGGCAUCCACACAACAGGUUAACAAAGCAUUUCUUGUUUUGUUCUUGUCGUGGCAAUCCUUGUGGUGGCUCCUUUACUUUUCUCCUCCAGCUUUGUUAUGUGCUGCAGUUGAGCUGCAUGGCAGCGAGAACUGAUUUGAACACACAGAACGUCCCAAGGCUGCUUGGCUGGGACUGUCCUCAGCUACUCUGCCCAGAGCUCAGCCUGAGAGUGCACUGAGCACUGCCUGGGGCUCCCUCUGGUGCCUCUCACCGUGGCCUCAGGCAUUUCCUUUGGCCAAGUGCAGCUGUGGUGUUUGGGGGUGGCUGUGGGUGUGUGCCUGAUGCAGGAGUGUGAAGAUUCCCCAGGAGUUGUGGGGUUACCUCUGAUGGGUCCCAGAUGUGGCCUGCACUGUGACAGCUGGGCAAUUUAGCAACCCCUUGUGAGCCUUCACAGCCUUCAGGGAGGCUUUUUUACUUUUGCUACUUAGGAAUUAGUCAGCCUCAAACCCUCUUCUGGUUGGACCAGAGAGCAUCUUCAGAAACUCUUUUGUGGCUGAAAUGAGUAGAAGAAACUACCAAAGUCUCUGAACUGGGAAGCUCAAUGUGAAGCUGCAGUGAUGGGCACCAGUGCCCAGGGUCAAUCAAUCUCUGCUGUUUCUCUUCACAGCUGCUGGGUUUUUUUUUUUUUUUUUUUUUUUUU